GCAUCUCUUUACCAGCUACUUCACUUACUGAUUUGUAUUUGGAAAAAUCAGAGGAAAAAAGAACAAAACUUUUGAGAAUAUUUUGAGAAAGCUUUGUUACUUUUUACGAUCUGUUGCUUUGUGAAAACAUGGUGAGAGAUCUGAUUGGGUAUAGAUUUAGUCCUACAGGAGAAGAAUUGGUAAGCUAUUACCUGAAGAACAAGAUUCUUGGUAAGACUUGGCUUGUUGAUGAAGCUAUUAGCGAGAUCAACUUCUUGAGCUACAUACCCGAGCUCUUGCCUAGGUUAGCGAAGAUCCAAUCGGACAAUCUUGAAUGGUUCUUCUUCUCUCGGAUUGAGUACACAAACUCGAAGAAGAAGAAUGCGAUGAAAAGGAGUACAGGUUGUGGGUAUUGGAAAGCUACUGGUAAGGAUCGAAAAAUCAAGGACAAGAGAGGAAAUGGUGUUGAGAUUGGUCUUAAGAAGACGCUUGUGUACCAUAAAGGUAAAGUUCCUAAUGGUGAUCGUACUCCUUGGGUUAUGCAUGAGUAUCACAUCACUUGCUUGCCUCAUCAUCAGAGGAAUUAUGUUAUAUGCCAAGUAAAGUAUAAGGGUGAAGCUAAAGACAUUUCAUAUGGUGAGAAUUACUUGACUGAGCAAAGUCACUCUUUGGUCUCCGAUUCAAAUACUGCCAGAGCACUUGAGCCAGCGCUUCAGGUUGAGCAGCUAGGUGGAGAAAAUUUAUUUGGUAUGUCAGUAGAUGAUUUGAGGAGUCCAAUGAACGAACAAGAGUGGGAUGGAUUUUUUAAUCCAAACACUUUGUUAAGCGACGACAACAUGUUCAACCCUUACUUGCAGCCACAAUCUCCUCACUUAGCCUCGAAUGAUGAUGAGUUUCUCGGUGGAUUGAGGCAUGUUGAUCGAAGGCAGGUUGAAUAUUUGUUUGCCGAUGAAGAAGAUUCCUUAUCUGGACCGACCUUAUCUAUGACAGAGAACCACAACGAUCACAUGCCUUUGUCAGAGAUUAUUGUUGAUUAUAGCAGUGAUAGUAAUCAUGAUGCUGAUGCAAUAUCUGCAACGAGUUAUCACGGAGCAUCUAGUACAGGUGAUGAUACUGUUGGUAGUUUGAAUAGACACAUUCUCCAGACUAGUGGAGAUGAGAUUCUAUCGUCGACUACAAACUCUUGCAAUGAUAUACAAACUUAUGGAAAACCUUCCAUCAGUAGAAGCACCUGGCUAUCUCAACUCACACGGCGCGUAAUACGAUUAAAACAAAAGGUGAAACAAGAUACAUUAAGAACGGUUGAUAGUGAUGAGGAUAGUGAUACGGAUGCUGAAUCGAUAUCUGUAACGAGUUACCAAGGGACUCCAGGUGAUGAUAGCGUUGGUAGUUCGACUAGAUACUUCUCAAGUUGCUCAAGCACAGACUCUUGCGAAGAUCUACAACCUUCUGCUGAUCUUUCAAACGGUAGAGAGACCCGGGAAUAUAAACUAGCACAACGCACUGUACCAUCAAAACAAGAGGUGAAACAAGGAACCCCAAGAGCCAUUGAUGAAUCCAUAAUGAAGACAGAGAAGAAGGGGUGGUUUGUUAUAGAGGAAGUAUUGGAUAUAAUCCACAAGACUCUAUGGUAUAUCUAUCCCAUGAGGCUGAUCACAUCGGUUUUACUAACCGUCAAAGCUUGAACCCGCUGAUGCAAUCUUGAUCGCGAGAGAAACAAAGCAGUUAGAUCAAAGCACCCUUUUUCAAUUUGGCGUUUUCAAAUUCUGCUUUCUUCUGAAUGUUUUGAAUAAAAUGCAGAUGAGAGUGUAUAUGAACAAGUGCUAAACUAGAGUGUAUAUGAACGUUUUGUAAUCUUAUUUAUGUAAUAGAGUUUUUUUUACCUAUU